ACGUUUUUUCUUUCUCACCUGGCUGAAGCCACGUAUUACUGUGGAUACGCCAGGGCAGGAAGUUAAACAUCAUUAAUCAGAAAAUGAGCUAAUCUGUGCCACAGCUGCAGACUUUCUGAUUCAUCAGCAGCAAAAGCUGUCUAAAAUCACAUAUUACUUGGAAGAAACGUUAUGGUCCAUCUGUUAUUAAACGAAGCAACAGCAGUGACAAAAAACUAAAGGACGAUAACGUUUUUUUUUUUUCUUUUUUUUAAUUCUGAUGCAUCAGAUUUAUUAAUAAUAUUUAUAGAAGAAAGUGAGGCGAAAAACAGCGACAGUUCAUGCUGCAAGUGCAUGUCAACUGGAAUGAAUGGUGCUGGCUUUGAGUUUCAGGUUUUUUUGGGGGUGUUAUUUCUGUUUUGAUGGGAAUACAAUAAACAAUCAAACGGCGAAAAAUGACCGCAAAAGUGACGCUAUAUAUACCUCGCUGGAGCUGUAAGGCAGAACAUUCAGACAAUAUUUAUUGACGACUGAAUAGCAGACAGAUGUCAAUCACAUCAAGUGAAUAUAUUAUUGCAGUCGCCGGUUAUUUCCACCUUCUGACGGUGACACUACCGAGGAAAACAUAAAACCAGCAACCGACCGCUCGUUGAGAGAGACUGCUAAGGAAUGCCGCCUUCCUGUACCUCUCUAUGUGAUGACGAAGACACUGCAAAAAAAUCGUCCAAAUGUCAGUAGUGUACGACACAUUACAACACGGGGAAAGCGGCAAAUGCUUUUAUCCUCAGGAUGACAAAAUAAUCUUCUGGGAAUUUCGAAUGAUGGAGAAGGCUGGAACCUCGCCGAGUCUUCGUUUAAAAUGGACAUUUCGUCAAAUAGCUCUGAUUUCCUUUGCUGGUUUCUUCAUUGUUCGGAGAACCGAAUCUACUGCAAUAACAAUGGCUGCCUGCAAUGGGAAGCUGGAACAGCACACAGAAAGGCGUGGAGUCCUUUACAGCCCGUCCUGGCCUCUGAGCUACCCAGCGGGGCUGAACUGCAGCUGGUAUAUCCAGGGGGACCACGGGGAUGUCAUCACUAUCAGUUUCAGGAACUUUGAUGUAGAAGAGUCUCGGAAAUGUGCUUCAGACUGGCUCCUGAUGGGCCCAGCUUCGAAGAGAGAGUACAGGGUGUGCGGCUCUGUCAUCCCCCCGCCCUUCAUCUCCACACGGGACCACGUCUGGGUGUUCUUUCACUCCGACAACGCCGGCUCUGGGAAGGCUCAGGGAUUCAGACUCUCCUAUAUCAGAGGUAAACUAGGCCAAAGCAGCUGCCAGACUGGUGAAUUCCUUUGCGGGAACGGCAAGUGCAUUCCCAGUGCCUGGAAGUGCAACACGAUGGACGAGUGCGGGGACGACACCGACGAAAAGAGCUGCGCAGCCCCUCCGACCGAGUCCCAAACCACCAUGUGUCCCUCGGGGACCUUCCAGUGCACUGGAGUCCACUCCACCCAGUGCUUAUCCAACAGCCUGCGCUGCAACUCCAACAAAGACUGCAGGGACGGCUCGGACGAGGAGGACUGCCCUGACACGUCCUGCGGGAAGCGGCUGGGGAACUUCUAUGGCUCCUUCGCCUCCCCAGACUUCUUCCGGCGCAACCACAGUGGAUCAGACCUGCGCUGCACCUGGUACAUGGAUACGCAGGACCCGCGGCACAUCAUCCUCCAGCUUGACCUGCAGCUGGGCUACAGCGACUACAUCCAGGUGUACGAUGGCAUGGGAGAACGCAGCGACAAGCUGCUGCAGACUCUGUCCUAUCACAACAAUCGCCGUUCAGCCAGCGUAGAGUCCUCCAGGGGGCAGCUCACGGUCCUGUACCAUGCCAAGCCCAAGAGCGCGGGCCACGGCUUCAAUGCCACCUACCAGGUCAAAGGCUACUGCUUCCCCUGGGAGCACCCUUGUGGCAGCGAUGAGGGCUGCUUCGCCGAUCACCAGCGCUGUGAUGGCUGGUGGCACUGCCCCAACGGCAAGGACGAAGAGAACUGCCCCGCUUGCCAAAAGGGCGAGUACCCCUGCGAGGGCAACAGUGGGGUGUGCUACGCGGGCCCGGACCGCUGCAACAACCAGAAGAACUGCCCCGACAGCUCGGACGAGAAGAACUGCUUCACCUGCCAGCUGGGCAACUUCCACUGCGGCACCAACCUGUGCAUCUUCGAGACGUGGCGCUGCGAUGGGCAGGAGGACUGCCAAGACGGCAGCGACGAGCACAACUGCCUGGUAGCGGUGCCCAGGAAGGUGAUCACCGCAGCACUCAUUGGCAGCCUCAUCUGUGGGCUGCUGCUGGUCAUCGCCCUGGGGUGCGCCUUUAAACUAUACUCCCUGAGAACCAGAGAAUACAGGGCUUUCGAAACCCAGAUGACCCGACUGGAGGCGGAGUUUGUGAGAAGAGAGGCCCCUCCCUCCUAUGGUCAGCUGAUUGCUCAAGGCCUUAUACCCCCUGUUGAGGACUUUCCUGUUUAUAAUCCAUCCCAGGCCUCAGUCUUGCAGAACAUCAGGACGGCGAUGCGACGGCAGAUCCGACAGCACUCCUCACGGAGAGCUUCCUCCCGGAGGAGACUGGGGUGGCUUUGGAGCUGGCUAUUCCAACACGGGGCUCGGGUUCGGGGGCAGAUUCCACUGCUGACUCCCCCCAGUACCUCCCACACCUCCCUCAGCCAGGGCAUCCACAGGUACCAGGCGGUGGGGGGGAGCGGCGGACACACUCCCUCCUCCACACCCCGGGGACUGGACCUGGAGGCAGAGUCUGUGGCCCCGUGCCAGCGUGGGGCUUUCCACAGGGACCACCAGCCCCCAGAACAUUCCCCUGUGGAUCACUCCCCUCAGUCCAGCACAGACGAGGCUGGGGACCAGACUCGUGGGGAGGAGGUAAGUCGUGACUUCUGUGCAGGGGCAGCCGGAUUCCAAAGCGAUCCUUUGUCUGAUCGUAUAGAAGCCCCUAAUACGGGUAGCGGCAACUCAAACAGACAUGAAGGAUCAGCGCCCACGAGGAACAGUAGCUCCUACAAACGAAAGCUGUCUCGGAAAGAGGUGCAGGGUCUAGCUGCUAACCUCCGCGGUGUGGCGCUGCGUCGAUGCUCUCACCCCAGGAGUGUGCCCUCUGCUCUGGACCAACCCUUCCAAAGCCGUGCCCGCCACUCAGACCUCAAGCAGGAGGAGCUCACGGGAAGUCAGAGUGUAAGUCAGAGGUGCCACUCUGUGGAAGUGCCAAUACAAGAAACUGCUGUGCUGUUCUGCUCCAGCCAGCAUGCCAGCGACGAUGAUGAGUCCCUUCUCGUCUGCUGAUUUAAAAAAAAAAAAAAUAAAUAAAAUAAAAAAAAAAAAUUUAUAAAGUGUUUCAGCUUCUCUUGGGACGAGACAAUUUCUUUCACGCCAAAUCUGUUUGCCAUAUAUUUUGUGUGUGGAAGUAGUUUUUUUUUUUUUUGUGUACUUGUUGUCGUUCCCCUCUCCCUUCUGUUUCACUCCAAAGGGAAUUGUAAUUCAAGAGACCUCCAUGAUCACCUACACCCUGCUACAGAAUCUCACCUGAAAUGAUUCUGGCAGCUACACCAGACCUUUUCAUAGAUAAUGAAAAUGAAUAUAUUCGGUCAGGUGCAUUAAAGGGAUAUUGGUGCAGCUUGGCUGUAUUUACAGUUAUACACAGUGCAAGGUUGAGCUCUGGUUCAGUAGCUCUCAUAGGUUGACGUCAAAGUGCAUAACACCGUUCCAGUUUAAAAUGCAUGACUUCCAUCCAACAUGUUUUACAGUAUAUUCACUGAUAGAUGAAAUGGUAGCCGUAUCAGUCCAGAGAUGACAAAGAGAAGAUGUGAUAUCUUUUAUUCGACUAACUGAACAAUACUGAAUUACAAGCUUUCAAGACCUCAAAGAUCUUUUUCAUUGUGUACAGUGCUACCAGUACAACUGACAACGCAAGACUCCAUUCAAGUUACCAGAUAAACAAUGUGCAUAGGAUUUACGGUUUUCAAUCUUAGUUUAAAUAAUCAUCUGUGAAAAGGGGACUUAUACUUAAAAAGUGCAUGUCUUACAAACUGUUUUCCAUUUACAGUAUUAUGGUACUUUUGGGAUUAUUAUGUGUAUCGUGCAAUAAACGUUAACUCUAUUGAACGCAUCAUUUUCUGUCAAAACGGACUUGCAAAACGAAUGCUGCCAUCCUUGCCUUACACAGUUUACUCAUGCAACUGAAGCUAUUUAAUUUGUAAAAUCUGAAAAUAUUG